AGUCAAGGAAUUCCACUCCAGGAUCAGCUCCUGCUAUCGGUGAUUCCUGCAUAUCUUACUGAUAAAGUCAGUAAAAGCAUAAUUCAGUCCAGCAGUACUGCAUCACAUCGGAUAAACUCAAAACAUCAUAAGCUUUUUCAUGAUCUGCACAUUGCAGUCGCUGUGAAAAUUGAUCAAAAGAUUCGAGCCUUUUUCAGUAUUUUGUUUGCUGAUAUUGUGAAUUUUACCGUAUUGGCAGCUCAACUGACGGCAAAGGAUCUCGUCCGAACACUGAACGAGUUAUACAGUAAAUUCGAUAAGGAUGCUCAAAAACUUCAAUGUAUGCGCAUCAAAUUCCUUGGCGAUUGUUAUUAUUGUGUGUCGGGGAUGCCCGUCAAUCGGCCAAAUCAUGCCGAUAUGUGUGUGGUCAUGGGCUUGGAGAUGAUCAAAACUAUCAAGCAAAUUCGUCUAGCCACUGGUGUAGACGUUAAUAUGAGAAUUGGCGUUCACACUGGUUCAGUACUCUGUGGAAUUCUCGGACUACGAAAAUGGCAAUUUGAUAUUUGGAGUGAUGACGUCAUCCUAGCAAACCACAUGGAAUCAGCAGGAGUACCUGGGUAG